GUCAAGCUUGUGAGGUGAUUCCAGGGUCGUUUUCGACAAUGGCCGACACCGAGAUCCCCAGAGAGGAGGAGAACAUAGCUCCCAGGACUCCCUAUCAGAAUGUCCGCACCAAUGGACGUGCCUUUAACUCCGCCAACUGGCGUACUAAGGGCGACAGCCCCCAGGCUUCUCCCUCUCCACGUACCAGUACUUCUCGCUCCGCCUUCAGUCGUCCAGGACCCCAUGUGCCUCAAGCUAUCUCGGAGGGCCGCCGCCUUUACGUUGGAAACAUGCCCUAUGCGGCCAAAUCGGAGGAUGUGGAGGCGCUGUUCACAGCUGCCCAGUACCCGGUCGAGCGCAUCGAUAUUGCCAUUGAUCCUUUCACCGGCCGAAACCCUUCCUACUGCUUUGUCGACCUGCAGACCAAAGAAGCUGCCGAACGAGCCAUGACCGAGCUGGACGGCCACGAGAUGCUGGGCCGGCCUGUCAGGAUCAAGCCCGGUGUCACCAAGUCUGCCAGUGAACGAACCGGUGAACGAACCGGUGAACGAACUGGUGAACGAGCUGGUGAACGAACUGGUGAACGAACUGGUGAACGAACUGGUGAACGAACUGGUGAACAGAACAGAGCAGUAUCCAACAAUAUUGGCAACGCUCGCUGGCGCGGUUCGGCAACCACCAUCACGCCCGUUGCCGAUUCCAACCAGCGUGUCUAUGUCGGAGGCUUGCCGCGAGUGGCGGAGCAGGAGACUAUUGAAAGCAACAUAAAGACUUUCUUCCAAGGAUUCAGCGUUGAGGCCGUGAGCAGGCUUUUCGCUCCCCACCCGGCCAAGCGCUUCGAGCCCGGUGACCACUACUAUCUGUUUGUGGAAUUGAACACGGCGGAGGAAGCACAGCGGUCAAUGGACACUUUGAACGGCCAGCUGGGUCCUUGGGGAGGCCCGCUACGAGUGAAUCGUGCGCGGGGACCCACCCAAAGACCUGGGGAGCGCAAGGAGGGUGAGCCGGUCAUUGCAUGA